AUGGUUCAUGUGGUUCUCGCUCUUGCCACUAUUUAUGGAUGGUCGCUUCGUCAGUUGGAUGUUCGGAAUGUGUUUCUCAAUGGAAAUCUUACUGAAACUAUUUACAUGGAGCAACCUACAAGUUUCGUUGAUGCAAAAUUUCCUCAUCAUGUGUGUCAACUUCAAAAAGCUCUCUAUGGUCUCAAACAAGCACCCCGUGCUUGGUUUCAGUGUCUCAGUAAUUUCUUGCUUGCCAAAGUAUUUGCUUGCAGCAAAACAGAUACCUCCCUUUUUAUCUUCAAAAGAGGGAACACCAUCAUUUAUCUUCUCGUCUAUGUAGACGAUAUUAUUAUUACUGGCAGUGAUACUACUCUCAUUCAAUCGUUUGUUACUAGCUUACACAACGAAUUCUCAGUAAAGGAUUUGGGUGCUCUUGGCUAUUUCUUGGGUCUUGAGGUCACCUACGUAGAAAGUGGUUUUUUUGUCAGCCAAGCUAAAUAUGCUCAUGACAUCUUGGCUCGUGCAGGCUUGCUUGAUUCAAAACCGGUUGAUACUCCAUUAGCUGCCUCAGAGAGUUUUCUCAGCAAAGGCGAACCUUUUCAUGAUCCCACUCUUUAUCGAUCAUUGGUUGGCGCUCUACAGUACCUCACUAUUACGCGUCCUGAUCUUUCUUAUGCUGUCAAUCAAGUCAGUCAGUAUCUGCAGUCACCUACCACUUCUCAUUUUCAAUCAGUCAAACGUAUUCUAUGCUAUGUUAAGGGCACAAUCUCCUUUGGGUUAACCUUUAAUAAGCCGCCUUUGACCACCUUAGUUGGGUAUUCUAAUGCUGACUGGGCUCGGUAUAUUGAGACACGCCGAUCGACUUAUGGUUAUUUGAUUUAUUUGGGUGGAAAUCUUGUUUCGUGUAGUGCGAAGAAGCAGCCUACUAUCUCUCAUUCCAGCUGUGAAUCUGAAUAUCGAGCUAUGGCGAACUCUGCGGCUGAGAUUAUUUGGAUUACUCACCUUUUGCGUGAAUUACCUGCUCUUCCCACUGAUCAACCUACUCUUCUGUGUGACAAUAAAAGUGCUAUUUUUCUUGGUCAAAAUCUAGUCUCUCACAAACGUGCGAAACAUAUUGAUAUUUAA